ACCCGACACCACCCUCAGUCUGGAUUAGCUCAGCUCCCUGACAGAUGCUUUGAUCGGCUUUUUAAAAAUUGAUGCCUGAAGCGGCUGGGCCACCAUGCUAAUCGAUUCGAAGAUCUGUUAGUCGGAAAGGAUGUUAGUUUCGUGAAACAAUGAAUUGAGGACAGUUCACUUGGAUAAUUAAUUAUUUUGGUACUCAUUUUGUCCAAUAUUAAAAUUAUUUUCACAACGCGCACACUCAAUUCAUUAUGUGUGUAUCAUACAUACCUUCCAAUUUGCAUCUCAGUUUUUCCUUUGGUACCUCAGUAGAAAUACAUGCGAAAAUGAAUUUCAUUGAAUGGAAGAUUUCUCUCCCCUUUCAUUAACUGAUAUAUGCUUAGAUUUUUUGAGAGUGAACUUGGAUAAAUUUUGUAGGGAGAGGACAGAUGGCUCAUUCUGUCUCAAGGAAGCUGUGGUGUUUCCACAAGAACUGGCAGAUCGUCUGCUGCAAAAAAUGUCAUUGAAUGGUGUGCUUAAUGAAAAGACUGUGGGUAUCUUCCGCAGGAAUGAUCUGCUGCGCUUGAAACGUGCUUGUAUUCGAAAUGCUAAACUAUCAGCAGUUGCAUUCAGGAAAGCAUUCUGUCAUCACAAGCUUAUUGAUCUGGAUGCUUCUGGUGUAAAUGCAGACAUCACGAUAACUGACAUUGUAAAUGCACUGGUCACAAACAAAUGGAAUCAACAGUACCUGCAGUGUCUUAUGUUGAAUUCGUUAACAUUGUCUCUGGAAGAUCCGUAUGAGCGAUGCUUCAGCCAGUUAACUGGCCUGCGUGUUUUAAGUGUGACCAACGUUCUCUUCUAUAAUGAGGAUCUUGGAGAUGUUGCCUCUCUUCCAAGGUUAGAAAGUUUAGACAUUUCAAAUACUUCUGUUACAGACAUCACAUCACUUCUGACCUGUAAAGAUAGGCUAAAAUCCUUGACCAUGCACCACCUGAAAUGUCUGAAGAUGACAACUACACAGAUUUUGGAAAUUAUUAAGGAACUGGCACUGCUGCAACAUCUAGACAUUUCUGAUGAUAAGCAGUUUACCUCUGACAUUGCACUUCGUUUGCUAGAACUGCCUGGCAUACUACCUAAUCUCCGAUCCUUGGAUAUUUCUGGCAGGAAGCACAUCACCGAUAAAGCUGUUCAGGCAUUUGUCCAGCAUCGGCCUACAAUGCAAUUCAUGGGCUUACUGGCAACUGAUGCUGGGUAUUCUGACUUUCUUUCUGGAGAAGGGAGCUUAAAGGUAUCAGGAGAAGCAAAUGAAGUACAGAUUUCUGAAGCUCUUCGUCGAUACAGUGAAAGAGCCUUUUUUGUAAGAGAAGCAUUAUUUCAUCUUUUCAGUCUGACACACAGUAUGGAAAAACCACAGCCGGAACUACUGAAGCUUGUGGUCAUUGGAAUGAAAAACCAUUCCACAAACCUGCCAGUUCAGCUAGCUGCUAGCGCAUGUGUAUUCAAUUUGACAAAACAGGAUUUAGCAGGUGGAAUGCCUGUGCGCCUUUUGACAGAAGUGACUCGUCUCUUACUGAAAGCCAUGGAACACUUUCCCAACCAUCAACAGCUUCAGAAGAAUUGUCUGUUGUCCCUUUGCAGUGACCGUAUCCUCCAAGAUGUCCCAUUUAACAGGUUUGAGGCUGCCAAAUUAGUAAUGCAAUGGCUUUGUAACCAUGAAGAUCAGAACAUGCAAAGGAUGGCAGUGGCUAUUAUCUCUAUUUUGGCAGCAAAGCUUUCUACAGAACAAACUGCUCAACUUGGAACAGAGCUCUUCAUUGUUAAGAAACUGCUGCAUAUAGUAGAGCAGAAGACAACCCUGUCACUGGUUGAUACAACUUUAAAGUUUACGCUAAGCGCACUUUGGAACUUGACUGAUGAAUCUCCGACCACCUGCAAGCACUUUAUAGAAAAUCAGGGCUUAGAAUUAUUUAUGAAAGUACUAGAGUCCUUUCCGGGUGAGCCAUCCAUUCAGCAGAAAGUUCUGGGUUUGUUGAACAACAUUGCAGAAGUGAAAGAACUCCACCCUCAGCUGAUGAAGAAGAACUUUAUUGAGCAUAUCAGUGUUUUACUGCACAAUAAAGAAGUGGAAGUCAGUUACUUUGCCGCAGGAAUAAUUGCUCACUUGAUAUCCCGUGGGCUGCAUAUCUGGACACUAGAUCUUGACCUUCGAGCUUCUCUUCUGGAGCAGCUGCAUUCUGUCAUUCUAAAUUGGCCAACUCCAGAUUGUGAAAUGGUAGCUUAUAGGUCAUUCAGUCCCUUUUUUCCAUUGUUGGAGUGCUCUGAUACACCAGGAGUACAGAUUUGGGCUGUCUGGGCAAUGCAACAUGUCUGUAGCAAAAAUGCUCCCAGGUACUGUAGCAUGCUAAUUGAAGAGAGCGGAAUGCAAAAAUUGUACAGCAUUAAGGAACACCCCCAAGUUUCACCAGAUGUUCUGCGUAUUGUUAAUAGCAUUAUUGAAACUUUGGAAAAGUAUAUCAUGCGCCACGGGAAAUUGGUCUCCAGCCAGAAAAAGCCACAAACUAAGCACAGUAUGGUCUAAGCAGAAGUUUUGGACAGAUUGUAUGAGUGGAGGAUGUUCAGCGCGUAACCUUUUUUAUUUUCUGAAGACUAUGAAGAGAAUUUCCUUGAUUGAAACUGUCUGCUGUUAAACAUUUCUAUAAGCUAUUCUAAGUGCAGGAAGAAUUUAUCACAGUGGAGUGUUGGUGUAGUCUGUGGUAUUGUCUUGUUCUACCAGAAGCAGCUGAUGCUUGAAUAAGUGCUGCUGAUGAAAUGUUUACUUAAUCUGGAUGUCACUCAUAUACCUUCUUUGCAAAGAAUAAAUCCAUGUUUAGAACAGCUGAACUGUGAUUAGCUUAAAUGUAUUUGAUCCCCACUUACUUUUAAAAAUAUUUUGUAUGAAAUGUUGAUGACUCCUUCAGGGGAAAUUGGCAUUUGAAAUUGCCAAUUUGUAUUAAUGCUUGUUUUGUUCGUCUUAUUGCUUGUACAGAUAAAUGUAUCAUUGGUUUUAAGAUUUUCGGCUCAGAGGGACUCUUGCCAUCAAUACCUCAUAUUUUAAAAACCAUUCUAUUAAAAGAAUUGAUUUUG